CAACAGUAACCUUAACAUCCCAUUUCUUCCUCCCCACCCAUCUAUCCCACAUCCCAUCCCAUCCCAUCCCUUCCACGAAACCCUAACCCUAGCGCGCGUCCACCUCGGAGCGGCGGUGUCGGGCGGGAUGUCCGCGGCGGUGUGCGGGAAACGGGCCUCCUCCUUCUUCGAGGAGCAGCAGCUCCCCCACGCCGCCACCCCUCCGCCCUCCAAGCGCGCCCGCUUCCGCGCCGGAGGCGCCGACCCCGGCCUCGUCGCCGCGAUCCGUGAUAGGUUCCCUUCCACGAGCCUCGAGUUUAUUGAGAAUGCUCUGGAAAAGUGUGGAAACAAUUUGGAUUCAGCAAUAAAGUGCUUGCUUAAUCUACACGUACAAUCCGCUGAAUACGAUGUGGCUCAUGUGUACCAAUCUCCCAUUGGAAUGUCUACUGAGGGUCAUGUGCCUGCUGAAGGUGAUUUGGAUGACAAUGAGGUUGCUGCACCUGUAGAAAGUGUUCCUUCUGCAGAGAGCCUUCGUUCAAGUAGCACUCAGUGGGUUGAGAUUCUUGUGAAUGAGAUGAUGAACGCUUCUGACACAGGUGAUGCAAAGGCUCGUGCCUCCAGAGUGCUGGAGGUUUUUGAGAGGUCCGUGACCUCUCGUAUUGGUGCAGAAACACUUCAAAGUUUCCAGAAGGAAAAUUCAGUUUAUAAGGAACAGUUUGAAGCUGUCAUUAGGGAAAACACUAUUCUGAAGAAAGCUGUUUCAAUACAGCAUGAGCGCCAAAAGGAGCAUGAUGAGAGAAACCAGGAACUUCAGCAACUGAAGCAGUUGGUUCUUCAGUACCAGGAACAAGUUAGAAGCCUUGAGGUGAAUAACUAUGCGUUGUCGAUGCACCUCAGGCAAGCUCAGCAAGGCAACUCGAUUCCAGGGCACUUCCACCGGGACAUUUUCUAAAUAAGUGGAAACCUAAAUGGAAGUUUCCAUAGCAUCAGAAUAGCAUUCACCCUUCCGGUUUGGGGCAGGUCUUGUUGGUGGCUACAUAUUUAAUAUAUAUGGCCAAGUUAUAACAUAGCUUAAUUUAUGUUGUACACCAGUGUAAAUGUAUGCCCUUUGGUGGUGCGCUGCUGCCCAGCAGUUGGGAGUGCAAGCAAAGUCGGCGUACUGUUGUGGAACAAUAGAUCUUAUUAUCAAUUUAGAAAAGAAAAAGAGAGAAUGGCUUUAAUUUAUAAUCAGAUGUGGAUUUCUUCACUCGGAAA